UGACUUCCUGUAUCUUCCUCUUGUCUUCUGUAUCCCGAAGCUUAAUUCCUUCCCUUUCAUCUAUUCAUCAUAAUUAAAUUUCAUUCUUUUCAAGCAACUAGCAUACAUACAUCACGCACCGCAAUCCCGGAAGCAAAGACAAAAAACCAGUAAAUCUAUUCCCAAAUUCCUCAAUCGUCCCAUUCUCUCUAACCUCGACGACAUGCUUCCACUUCCCACACUCCUCCUCCUCCUCCUCCUCUCCACCUCCACCACAGCCCAUAAAAAUUCCAUCUUUCUCCUCGCCGGCCAGAGCAACAUGUCCGGUCGCGGCGGCGUCAUCGAAAACCGUUGGGACAACUUCAUCCCCCCGGAAUGCCGGCCAACCCCCGACAUCCUCCGCCUCAGCUCCCAUCUCCAGUGGGAGCAAGCCGUCGAGCCCAUCCACGCCGACAUCGACGUCUAUGCAACGUGCGGCGUCGGCCCCGGAAUGCCAUUCGCCCACGCCCUGUUGGCCGCCGAAGGUACGGCGGCGCCAGUUCGCCUCGUGCCGUGCGCCGUCGGAGCGACGCCGAUCCGCGAAUGGGAACGCGGGACGACGUUGUAUGCUAACUUGGUGCGGCGUGCGCAGUUUGCGGCGGCGGGAGGAGGGAGAGUGGCGGCGGUGCUGUGGUAUCAGGGGGAGACUGAUACGAUUUCUAUGGCGGAUGCGGAAGUUUAUGGGGGAAGGAUGGAGGCUCUGGUUUCGGAUCUGAGGGAGGAUUUGGGUGAUCCGGAUUUGCUGUUUAUUCAGGUGGCGCUUGCAACAGGACAAGGGAAAUAUAUAGAUAUGGUGAGAAAAGCACAAAAGGGGAUCAGACUUCACAAUGUCUUAUGUGUUGAUGCAAAAGGCUUGCCAAUUGGACCUGAUUAUGUGCACCUCACAACCCAAGCUCAAGUAAGGCUUGGUCAGAUGUUGGCUGAUGCUUAUUUGAGUCAUACAGCAUUUUCUCUCACUUAUUAUGCAGCUCACAAGUCUGAUUCUCUGCUAGAGAAUCCAUCUUUUCCGGUUGCUUUCCCAUUAACGGAAGAUAAAUUUUCUUCCCAUAGAGGGACGGCGGCGCCAGUUCGCCUCGUGCCGUGCGCCGUCGGAGCGACGCCGAUCCGCGAAUGGGAACGCGGGACGACGUUGUAUGCUAACUUGGUGCGGCGUGCGCAGUUUGCGGCGGCGGGAGGAGGGAGAGUGGCGGCGGUGCUGUGGUAUCAGGGGGAGACUGAUACGAUUUCUAUGGCGGAUGCGGAGGUUUAUGGGGGAAGGAUGGAGGCUCUGGUUUCGGAUCUGAGGGAGGAUUUGGGUGAUCCGGAUUUGCUGUUUAUUCAGGUGGCGCUUGCAACAGGACAAGGGAAAUAUAUAGAUAUGGUGAGAAAAGCACAAAAGGGGAUCAGACUUCACAAUGUCUUAUGUGUUGAUGCAAAAGGCUUGCCAAUUGGACCUGAUUAUGUGCACCUCACAACCCAAGCUCAAGUAAGGCUUGGUCAGAUGUUGGCUGAUGCUUAUUUGAGUCAUACAGCAUUUUCUCUCACUUAGUUAAGAGUAUAUAACUGUUUUGUUGAGUUUGUUUGAAACACCAUCAAACAAAAUAUUAAUAUAUGACUCUUUUUAUGUCUGUUUGCCCAACACAUUUACUUGAA